ACACCAAAUAGAAGCCAAUAGUCUAUUCUUAGUUCAAAACCAAAAUUGUUGAGGUAGUGAAUUGUCCUUCAAAAUACAAGUGUUACAUUCCACAAAAUGCAGCAAACCAAAUAGUGGCAUAGCUUGCAGAUUGGCAUAAAAAUUUAGCCCCAUUAUUUGUAAUAAAACCGUUGACUAAAGCUAGUUAGCAUUUAGCAAGAAUUGGUCCUAUGUCCAUACUUCAUAAGGAGAAAGCAAAAGUAAAAAAUUGUAAGAAAACAUGUGAAAUUUGUCCUGAAUUAGCGCCUGACGUGACACAUGCCAGAUAAAAGAGCCUUAUGUGGCCUUCGAUUCUGCAAAGGAUGGCAAGCAAUGCAAACUUCCACAAAAUAUAGUCUCCUUGUUUUUGUCGCAUUUCUUGAUAUUGCAGGAAAUUGUGGCAGGAAAUUGUGGAUAAAUGAGACUGAUGGGGUCACUGAUGGGGUCACAAUUAUAGUGGCGGACACUCAAAAACCUUGACAUUGUGGCCAAAAUCACAGUCACAAACUGUUUUUUAAAACCUUAAACCUUUUAAAACAGCUCAUCGCUCACAAAAAGUUCUAGAAAGGGAGCUCCGUGGUCAAAUAUUUACCUUACAAUCGUAUCUUUUAUGAGGCUUUUAAACUUGAAUUAAUUAAAGGGAUGGAAACCAUUGGUUCUGUGGAUGACCUCUUGGAUUUUUCAUCAGACAUAGGCGAGGAAGAUGAUUACGAUGACAAACCUAGGAAAGCCUGUCCUUCACUUAACUCAAAAUGCGCCGGCCCAUCAUUGUUUAACCCAUUGGUCCAGGUUGAUCCAAACCAUUCAUUUUCUGAGUUUGCAGAAGAGGAGCUUGAAUGGCUAUCCAACAAAGAUGCAUUUCCUUCUGUUGAAACGUUUGUCGACCUAUCAUCUAUUCAACCCGGCACAAUCAAGAACCAAAAAUCAGCCCCAGUACUUGAGUGUAGCACAGGCAGUAGCAACAGUAAUAACAGCACUAACAGUAUUUCCCUCCUAAACAGCUGUGAUCACCUGAAGGUCCCAGUCCGUGCACGGAGCAAGAGUCGCAGUAGGCAUCGCCCUGGCCUUGCUGAGAAUUCUAGUCAGCAAGUCUGGUGGAGACAGCCAAGUAAUGGAACUUCCAAAGCAGAUGAAGGGAUGAAAAUCUCAUCCAUCGGUAGAAAAUGUCAGCACUGUGGAGCUGAAAAAACUCCACAAUGGCGGGCAGGUCCCUCUGGUCCAAAAACACUUUGUAAUGCAUGUGGGGUUAGGUUCAAGUCUGGGCGGCUUGUGCCUGAAUACCGUCCUGCAAGUAGCCCAACUUUUCAUAGUGAUUUGCAUUCUAAUUCCCACAGGAAGAUAGUAGAGAUGAGGAGGCAGAAGCAAAUGGGAAUGGGAUAAAUGCAAAGUAGUAGUGAGCAGUAUUUUUAGCAUUCAGCAUGCUAGGACUUAGAGAUUUGAUUUUCUUUUCGAUUUUGAUUUAUUCUAAUUUAAUUUUUCGUCCAUUUUUGCUAUGGGAUGGUUUUAGACGGGGCAGUGAAAAUUCUUGAUUGAAAAUGAAUUUAGGGAGGUCUUAAUCAUUUGUCUUUGUUAUGCUUAAAAGAAGGAGCCAAUUUGGGAUCUUUUGAUUUGGCUAUUUUUUUAUGGUUGUAACAUGUAGUGUGAUUGGAGAUGUGGGAGAAGGUAAGUUGCUGGAAUGAUGAUUAUGGUCCCUUUUCCAGAGAGAAGCUCUGAUGCUUAUCUGAACUAAUUCUAAACUUUUAUGACAGUAGUGGUGUAGUUGAUUGUUGAGGAAUUAUGACUCCAUUCAAGGAGUGAUGACAUCAUUCAUGUAUUUGAAGGAAGAAAAGAUAAAAUGCUGUCUUAUCUUUAGAUGUAGAGACAGGUAUGUUCUUUAUUAUUUGAUCCUCCUUCUAAGGAGCUCAAGAUGUAUGCAACAAAAUUUGUAUUAAUCAAGCCUUGACUAAUUGGUGGCUGCAUGUAAUCUUUUUGUCUCAUUGUCUUGGUUACAACUGCAAACAUGGAUACAGUUCAUUUUUGGUUAUAACUUGCAAGUUGCUCUUAUAUGUUUGAUCCUUUA